AUGCCAAACGGCCUCGAAACUGGUCUUGGACUGGCGGUCAAGGGCGUGCCUGCUGAGAGUGUUUUCCGCCCGCAGAACAACCGAUCGCUCGAGAAGAAGAGGGCGGGCUCGACUUUUCACAAGCUUGAUACUCUCCUUAGCGCGCCCGCCAAUUGUCUGAGCCUCGAAGCCUCUCCGCAGGAGAGAGGAGAUAGCGGGCGAACUAAUGUCAACGGGGAAGCGCAACGGGAAUACAAAGUGAAAGGACAAUGUGUUGGGCUAAGCGCCGCAAAUGGUGUGUGCCAAGCAUGGCGGGUAGGUCUUGUGCUGUAUGACGAAGCUGAGCUCGACGUCAAAAAUUGA